CCUGCUCUCUCUCUCUCCCUCAUUCUCUCUCUCCUGAUCAUCUUCAUAAAGACAUAAAUGGAGGAGCCAAAAUGGUUGGGAGGUCUCUUAAGAACAAACUUCUUCAAAAUUUGCCCUCUACACCGCGAGACACCACGAAAUGAGUGCAACAUGUUCUGCCUCUCUUGUCAAAACGCUGCGUUUUGUUUCUACUGCCGCUCCUCCCACCACAUUGACCAUCCCGUCCUUCAGAUAAGAAGAUCGUCGUAUCAUGAUGUGGUGAGAGUAUCGGAGAUAGAGAAUGUAUUGGACAUAAGAGGAGUGCAGACUUAUGUCAUCAAUAGUGCGAGGGUUCUUUUCUUAAACGAGAGACCUCAGCCUAAGAAUUCCUCUCAUGGCGUCGUGUCCUCCACCGCCAAAACCGUCUCUUACUUCUGCGAGACAUGUUGCAGAACCCUUCUUGAUCCCUUCCGCUUCUGUUCCUUGGGUUGCAAGGUUGAAGGAAUGAGGAAGAAUAAGGAAGAGGAAGAAGAGAGAUUGCGUAAAGAAAGACAACAAGAAACGCACAAAGGCACGCAUACUCCAACUCAUACUUCUAAUUCUAGGCGACGAAAAGGCAUUCCUCAUAGAGCUCCUUUUGCUUCAUAAUUUAAUCAAUCUUUUUCAAGAAACAAGAAAAAAUAACUUUCUUUUAAUUUAAUUUAACCAAUUUAAUGGUCCACCCAAAUUAGCAUAAUAUAUGCGUAUUUGGUG